AUGCAUGAUCGGAUGGAUAUCGUCAUUCAGCUACCCUCUGGCACCAUCUCCGCAGCUCAGAAGGAGAACCUAGUUCACGCUCGCGGCGUUCCAUACGCACAUGCCAAACGCUUUGAACCUCCUCAAUCAAUUGCGCCUUGGGAAGGCGUAGUUGAUUACACUCGGCCAUCUACAAUAUGCCCGCAAGCUCCUUCGCGUCUUGAUAUGGUCACCGGGCCGUUGGCGAAAGGUAGGGUCAUGGACGAAGACUGCACCCAUUUAAGUAUUGCAGCUCCGAUCGGUGGACAGAACCUUCCUGUCAUGGUGUUCUUUCAUGGAGGUGCCUAUCUCACAGGCGGCGGAGACCUUGACUGCUAUCAAGGACUGGAGCUGGCGGCUCGCGGUGUCGUGGUCGUUAGUGUCACAUAUCGUCUAGGAAUUUUCGGUUAUCUACAAAUCCCUGGAAUUGCGCCAGCAAAUCUUGGAUUGCUUGAUCAGAUUGAAGCGCUGAAUUGGGUCAAAAACAAUAUCCUUAGCUUUGGUGGAGACCCCAGCAAUGUGACACUCUUUGGAGAAUCCGCGGGAGCAGAUUCAAUUUUCUGCUUGAUGGCUGCGGAAGGCACUGAGGGCCUCUUUCAUCGCGCGAUAUUGCAAAGCGCCCCCAUCGGCCGACGAUACGACAAAUCCGCGGAGAGCCUUACUCUGGCCCUAUCGAAGGCUGCACAGGAGAAAUUGCAAAGUUUAGCUGCUGGUUCUCCCUCGAUAGAAGAACUGCUAUCAAUCCAGCUCCAGCUACUGAUUACGGCGAAGAAACUUGGUUCCCGCGGCAUGCCCUUUGCGCCCUCGUUCGGACAACAUCCUCUUCCCCAGAUAUCUGAACUUGACGAUGUUAUACGGAAGAGGGCCAAGGACAUUCCAGUUCUGAUUGGCUGUACAAAAGACGAAGGCACUCCGUUUGCGGCAAUGAAUGAUCGUGCGGCUCGAUUUUUUACGAUUCCUCUCCUUGGCCGGUGUAUUCGUUGGCUUGUAAGCUGGCUAAUUACGAAGAAAGUUUUCCACUCGCCGUCAAAGCACUUUCAAAAGCAGGUUCUCGCGGCUGGCGGAAAAUGCUCGUCCUUCUACUUCCGAUGGGCUCCUCCAAGCAGCCCCUGGGGAGCAGCGCAUACAAUUGACUUGCCUUUCUUGCUGGGGUCCUGGUCCUCUUGGGAAGAUGCUCCUAUGCUAGGUGGCUCGAAGAGCAGAGACGUUGUUGAGAGGGUCGGAUCACAUGUAAAGGAUGUCUGGGUGGCCUUUUCCAAGGGCGUGGAUUUGGGAUCAAACACUUUGAUUAUUGACGAGAGUUUUCGUUCGGAGCACUGCAUUAAGGAGAAGAAAUUGUAG